GCUUUAGCCAAGCCAAUGCACCCUGACAACAAACUGCCCAGCCAUGGCAAGGCAGGCAGCAGCAGUGCCCUGGCCCAGCACCACAAUGUGAACCAAGCACCCACCUGUAACUUGGGCUCAAAGGGUGUGGGGGCAGGCAGCCAUGGCAGCAAGGCCACUCAGAUUUCCCCUGGCAACUCUGGACUGAAAAACAGCCAGAAUGCUGUCCCAAACUUCAGCUCCUUGAAGGGCAAGGCGAAGCGGGAACGAAGCAUCUCGGUGGACUCUGGAGAACAGCGAGAAGGCAGCACCCCAUCACAGGACACAGAAUCCAAAGGUGAGGUGGCUCCCCGCAGUAAGCGACGGUGUGUGCUGGAAAGGAAGCAGCCGUACAGUGGCGAUGAAUGGUGCUCUGGGCCGGACAGCGAGGAAGAUGACAAACCCAUCAGCAGUGCACACAGCUGUCAUGUAGAUCCUGCCAUGUCCGCGGCCCCGCAGCUCGGCCCAGGGUCCAACCCGCUGCCUGCCCUGAGCGAGAGCAGUGCUCCCGGCGUGCCCCACGGUGCUGCCCCUGGCUUGCGGUCAGAGGCUGCAGGAGGCGGAGGCGGCGGAACAGGGAAGCAGCCUACACAGUUUGUUUACGUCUUCACAACGCACCUUGCUAACACAGCUGCAGAAGCUGUCCUGCAGGGCCGAGCUGACUCCAUUCUGGCCUACCAUCAACAGAAUGUCCCACGGGCAAAACUAGACCAGGCUCCACCUGCUUCUAAAGUGCUGGGUGUUGCUGAGUCACUUCCAAUUAACCCUCCUGCUGCCAACACUCCACAGUCCCAGCCACUGGCCCCUCAAGCAAGUCAACCACAACCACAGCCUCCCCCACCCCAGCCUCCAGGCCCACCACCUCAGGCCAUCAGUCAAACACCUUUGCCUGCGCCCAGCAGCCUGCCUCAGGAAGGAACAAGUGAAGAUGGCCGGAGAGAUCUGACUCCCAACUCUUUGGGGAACAAUAGCAGCAACAACCAGCCUCCAAAUAACCAUCCAAAUACGCCCGCUGCAUCUGCCAGCACCAUGCAGCCUGGGCAAGUGGACUCCUCCGCCACACCCAGCUCCAGCCUCCUUGGAGAGGGCCCAGGCCCGGGGAUGCCAGGGAAUGGGCAGGCAGGCGUGGGCCCCAGGAACACCAUGAACUCAGAAGGGCUCUCAAAGGAGCAGCUGGAGCACCGAGAGCGCUCUCUGCAGACCCUGAGAGACAUUGAGCGUCUGCUGCUGCGCAGUGGGGAGGCUGAGCCCUUCCUGAAGUCCAGCCAAAAUGUGGGUGAGGGGGGGACUGCCCCUCAGCCACAGGCUGCCCCUGCCCAGCCCCUUGCGCCCCCUGCUAGCAUGAAGAAGUAUGAAGAGCCUCUGCAGUCCAUGAUCUCCCAGACUCAGAGCCUUGGUGGGCCCAGCCUGGAGCACGAGGUGCCCCACCACCCUGGCGCUGACAUGGGACAGCAGAUGAACAUGAUGAUGCAGCGGCUGAACCAGGACAGCCUGACACCAGAACAAGUGGCCUGGAGGAAGUUGCAGGAAGAGUACUAUGAAGAAAAGCGACGGAAAGAGGAGCAGAUCAGCAUCCAUGGCCGGCCCAUGCAAGAGAUCAUGAUCCCGCAGUCAAUGGGGAGCAUGAUGAUGCGUGGGCCUCCACCACCCUACCACAGCAAGCCUGGAGAGCAGUGGCCACCAGGGAUGGGCAGCCAGCUGCGGGGACCCAUAGAUGUGCAGGACCCUCUGCAGCUGCGGGGAGGACCACCUUUCCCUGGGCCACGGUUCCCUGGGAAUCAAAUGCAGAGAGUCUCUGGCUUUGGAGGGAUGCAGAACAUGCCCUUGGAUGCUCUUGGGCCCAUGAAUGCCAUGCAGAGGCCAGUCAGGCCUGGCAUGGGAUGGAGCGAUGAUAUGUCUCCUAUGGGAGGCCCUGGGAACUUUCCACAAGGCAGCUUGCCCUACCCACCAGGGCAGGGAGACCCAGAAAGGUUUAUGAAUCCCCGUGCCAGAGAGGAGAUCCUGCGGCAUCAGCUCAUGGAGAAACGCCCAGUGGCAAUGCAGAGGCCCAUGGGGAUAUCCAGCAACUCCAUGAGCCAGGGCAUGGAAAUGGAGAGGAUGAUGCAGGCUCACAGGCAGAUGGAUCCAUCUAUGUUUGCUGGGCAGAUAACGGGUGAGAGCCUGAGCAGUGCCCCAAUGGGAAUGGAUUUUCCAGGCACUCGGGGGAUGCUGAGCCCCCCUAUGAGUCAGUCAGGCCUUCGGGACAUGGACACACCCAUGGGCCCUGGCAACCUCAACAUGAACAUGAAUGUCAAUAUGAACAUGAAUAUGAACCUUAAUGUCCAGAUGACCCCACAGCAGCAGAUGAUGAUGUCACAGAAGAUGAGGGGCCCUGAAAUGAUGACUCACCAGGGCAUGAACCCUGAGGAGCUGGCCAGGGUUAGGGCUCAGAAUGGCAAUGGCAGUGCAAUACUAACGGGACCCCAGAAGAUGAUGAUUCCCUCACAGUUUCCCAACCAAGGACACCAAGGUUUUUCGACUGGGCAAGGGUCUUACCCCAACCUGCCCCAGGAGAUGGGCAGUGGCUCAGACAUGUUCAGCCCUGAACAGGGCACUAUGCCUGUUGGAAGCAUCAGUGGCACCACCAGACUCAGCCACAUUCCUCUGCCUCCGGCCUCCAAUCCCACUCCCACACCAGGGGGAAACCUGGCCAACAUGCACCCAGCACCUUCCCGGGGGCUGGGCCGCCGGCCCUCUGACCUCACCAUCAACAUUAACCAGAUGAAUUCCCCCAGUAUGGGUCACCUCAAGUCUCCUACCCUCAGCCAGGUGCAUUCACCACUGGUCACCUCCCCGUCUGCCAAUCUCAAGUCGCCACAGACACCCUCACAGAUGGUGAGCAUGCCACCUUCAAACCAGUCUGGACCUCUCAAGUCCCCCCAAGUGAUGAGUUCCUCUCUCAACAUCCGGUCUCCCACUGGCUCACCAAGCCGCCUGAAGUCUCCUUCUAUGGCUGUUUCUUCCCCUGGUUGGGUGCCAUCUCCCAAAGCCACCAUGCCCAGCCCAGGAGUCAACCAGAGCAAGCAGACUCUCAAUAUGAACUCAUCUGCUUCCAUUGGAGCACUGGAUCAGGGUUCUCUCCCUUCUGGGCCUCGGAGCAGCUCUUCCGCACCAGCCAGCAACACUUCUAGCACCAUGAAUCCGAACAUGCCUUUUACUUCCUCUCCAGAUCCAUCCCCUUCCCAGAACCCACUCUCACUGAUGAUGUCCCAGAUGUCCAAGUAUGCCAUGCCCAGCUCCACGCCACUUUACCACAAUGCCAUCAAAACCAUCGCCACCUCUGAUGACGAGCUUCUGCCAGACAGGCCUAUGCUCCCACCUGGAAGUAUAUCAGGCGUGACUGGGAAUCAGCCAAAUCAACUGCACUUGAACUCUGUGGGGCCUGGAUCCUCUCAGAGCCCCAUGGGAAUGAACCUGCCUGGUCAGCAGCCCCUUUCCCACGAACCACCCCCCACCUCCAUGAUGUCCUCCCCAAACCCUUUGGGCUCCAACAUUCCUAUGCAUCCGAGUGGGCCAGGGGUGGGCGUGCCCCCCCAGAACCCCAUGAUGCUGCCCCCGGGUCCCCAGGACUCCUUGAACCAGCAGUGUGGCCCUGUGCCCAACAGUUCACAGAUGAUUCCUUCUAACCAGCUCAUGUUCCCCCGCAUGCAGCAGCCCCACAAUGCCAUGCCAUCUCCUGCUGGAGGUAUGCCCAUGGCCCCCAGUGCAGGAGGUGGCCCUGGGAUGCAGCAGCAUUACCCGCCAGGGAUGCCCUUGCCACCUGAGGACCUUCCCUCCCAACAGCCUGGCCAGAUGCCCCCUCAGCAGCACAUGAUGGGCAAGAACAUCCCUCCUCGGAUCGGCGAACCCUACCCGCCCGUGCUUCCUGGGGUGGCGUCGGUGCUGAACGACCCCGAGCUCAGCGAGGUCAUCCGCCCCACGCCCACGGGGAUCCCGGAGUUUGACCUGUCCAGGAUCAUCCCAUCAGAGAAGCCAAGCAGCACCUUGCAGUAUUUCCCCAAGAACGACAGCCAGGCACCCAAAUCUCAGCCUUCCAACCUCCACCUCAUGAACCUGCAGAACAUGAUGGCUGAGCAGCCCCCCGUGCGUCCAGGUAUGAAUGCUCCCAGCCUCCCCGGGCAGCAGGGCGUGCAGAGGGGACUCAGCAUGCCCAUGUGCCAUCCUGGACAAAUGCCCAUGCUGGGCAGGACAGGCAUACCGCCACAGCAAGGCAUGAUGGGCAACAGCAUGCACCAGGGCAUGAUGUCUCCACAGCAGAGCCUGAUGGCCCAGCAGAAUUUCAUGCUGAUGCAGGCCAAGCAGAGAAGCAUGUCUGUGUCAGGGGAGAUGUAUGCCCAGACAGGACAUAUGAUGUCACCUCAGGGCUCUCUCAUGGGUCCCCCGCCUCAGCAGAACCUCAUGGUCACGCACCAGAUGAGGCAGAGGAGUGUCUCCCUGGACAGCCAGAUGAGUUACAUUCCUGGGCCUGGGAACAUGGCAAACUUGCCUUUUUAA